UACAAGAUGGCCUUACCAGAAGGGUGUGUGUCAAAGAGUUCAACACAGUGAAGUUUUUUACAGCCCUCAACUGUAAAAAGGGACCAUCAAGAUUUAGAAUGGCAUCUAAGCUUAGUUCUGGUAAGGAUUGCCUGACCUCUGACUUCAAUAGCCCCAAGUCGGUACGACGUCAGUCUAGGAAGAGAAGGGGACGAAAGAGGCGACUGGAUCCAAAUCCUAUAUGGGAGCAUGCCAUCAAGUACAGCGAAGGAUCCGAUUCAAGUCUGGAUGAAGCCUUGAAAGACUAUAUGGACAAUGUAUCGUCUCAGCAGCAACAGAAUCAAAGCGAGUCCGGCUCGGAUGAUACCACCAUGAUGAAACGCUUGUCAUCCCUCAAUAUGACUUCAUCAAGCAACCUCUAUGGCGAAUCGGACUCGGUCACGGAAAACCACACCAUGCUCAAGAAAAAUGUCAAUAAACGCAAGAAACGUUUCAAACGUAUGGUCGUGGAUUCGAUACCAUCGGGUUCGGGUUGCAUGGUCCGCAGCUCCUUGAUGCCAGACUUUGUGCCGGAAAUUUGCCACAAGCGCCCUUGUGUCAAGAAAGUGCGUCCAAGGAAACUGGACAAGACCGACGACACGCCCAAGAUGAAAGGGGAGUUUGACUUUGAUAUUCUCCUUGCUAAAUCCUCAAAAACUGGUGCCAAAUUGAAGCCGAAGCUUGACCCGAUGGACCUGUCGAGGCCAGCCGAAACCUCCAUAAACAUUGCCGAAGACAAAGAAGUGUGCUCAAGAAAGCAGGAUAAAGUAGGAACUGACAGUGGUAUUGCAGUGACAGGGAAACCUGUUUCAAAGGAAAGAACUCAAUCAUCCAGCUCUGAUGGUGCAACUUCUACAGAAGUUGCAGAGAGUAAAAACAUGGAUUGCUCUAGUAAUGAUAGUGAUGUUACAAUGAGACAACCUUUAACACCAAAGAAUGAGGAAACGAGUAGCAGUUACAUGUCAUCUAGCGAAGAAGAAGAGGAUGAAGAUGAUGGCUACACAAAUGAUGAAGGAAGAGAAGGUGAUGAUGAGCAGAGUGAUUUCUUCCAUGAGCCAGGGACUGUGUCAGGUAUACCUAGCGUGGUUCCAUGGUGGGACAGUAAGACUCUAGAGGAGUAUGAGCAGGAUCAAACCUUUAAUAGUAUUCUCAGCGGUAGCUUUCAACAUCUAUCAAAGCCUGCACAGAGGUCUUUUCACUCAAAAUUACGAGGUUGUCAUGGCUUAGAGGAGCCUUCUUCCAUCAUGAGAGGAUGCAGACAAAGGCUUAAAGCUAAGAGGCUAAAGAAAUCAAGCUUGGCAUCCUUCAAUGAGAAAAUUGUUCGCUUUCUUCACAAUCCAUUUGAACAAGAGCUUAGUCUUCAUUCGACAAAAUCAAAGGAGAAAAACCAAGUAUUCCAGCUGGCUUCCAUGUAUGCACUGGAUGUUAGAACAGAAGGAGGGGGACAAAAGAGCAAAUCAGUCUUGACCAAGACUAGGCAUACAGUACUGAAUUAUCAGACUGGCAGUAUGGAGAAUGAUGCAGUCGUCAAGUCUCGGCCCUCGUUCUAUCCACAGUUUGCUAAACGAAGACGGAAGUCACCCCCGCCUGGAGUUACUACUACAGUUGCCGUGGGAGCGGAGGCGGAGCCCUUAUCAUCAGGGAAUGUCGGAAGUCGUAUGCUGCAGAGCAUGGGAUGGACGCCGGGAUCUGGACUAGGAGCUGAAGGAGCAGGUAUUCGAGAACCGGUCCAGGCUUACAUGAGGCCUAAGAAUAGGGGGCUAGGCUACUGUAAGCCCAACUGAAACUCUGUUCUUAUUGGUUCUCCGAAAGCUAGAUGAAUUCUCAGUGCUACAUUAUAACCAUUUUCAGUGGAAGGUUGAUUGAAACCGUAAGUUGGUAACUGUUUAUUCAGUGAGGAAGAUUUCUAUUGAUCAUAAAAUGAAUUAUCAGGGUACUGAGGCAGUUCCAUGGUCUAUUAUAGUCCUAACCAAUCCAGAAGACAUCGAGAGCCUUUUUGUCCUCAAAAAUGCACCUGCAGGAAAUGAGCUGUCAUACAAAUGUGUGGAUAGAGUGAGAUUAACGUAACAGAGACCCAUAUAGAGGGCCAGGAUCUGGCAACUCUACUGUUGUAAGAUGGAUCUAGGGCUAAGCAGUAGGAAUCUGGUCCAGAAUAGAGUCUGUUAUUGGGAUAGGUUGAACGUACAUUGAUCAAAAUCACAAUUCAAACAUUUCCAAGGUCAAGUCCAUCCAACAAUAACUUGAUGUGACUCAAUUGAGAAAAAUAAACGAGCUUAAACUAACAAUGUUAUCAAAUUUGGAUGUAAAGUAAGAAUGUUAUGACAUUUGUAAGUGUUUGUGUAUAGAUGGGCAGUAUACAUGACAAAACCGAUGACAUCACACACUAUUAUGUAUUUGAUUGUGUGAAAUAUGAAGUACAUUAUUUUCCUCCAUUAAUUUAAAACUUGGUAAGAUUCCUUCUAGUUAAAUCAUCAUCAUGAUUUACUGUGAUGCGGUGAAGAUUCUCUUCACUGCAUAAUAAAAUAUAAAAAAGGAUCAAUUUUUAUACAUGGAAGUAUUCAUAUGUUAAACUUAUAAUUUCAUAACUUUCCUAUAUUACAUCUGACUUUGAUGAAAUUUCCAGUGUUAUGCUUGGCUGAUUUCUUUCUAUUGGUUCAUAUUUUUCUUCCCUUUUAACUUCUCUCUUUAUUGGGAUUUGCAUUUAGGCAGCAGUGCUCUUUAUAAGAGCUUUGAUAGCAAAAUAAAUGUACCUGUAUGUUUCUAAUGGUCCUUUAGUUUGCCAUUACAGUGUGUUCAAGUAAUAUCAAGUGGAUUAUUACGUCACCUAUGGUUGAAGUCAUGCUUAUAUGAUGUUUAAAUGGUGGAUUUUUACGUCACCUAUGGUUGUCAUGCUAAUAUGAGGUUAAAUGGUAAAAUAUUAGAUGUGGAUGUGGAUUUUUAAAUUCCCACAUCAUUUGUCACUGGAUACUAUCAUUUUUAGAGGGCCGGAUGAGCUUAUGCCGUGGCGUCCGUCGUCUGUCGUCCAUCCACAAUUUCAAAAUGCUUCUUUUUCACCAUUUCAAGUCCGAUUUCAAUUCUGUUUGCUUUAUAUGAUAGCACUAGGUGGGGGAUUCAAAACUUCUACACAGAAUUUUGAAACUCAUUAAAUAUGCUAAUUUAUGCGCAUUUUUCAAAAUUCACCAAAAAUGCUUCUUCUUUAUUUAUUGACCGAUUUUGAAUUUUUUGCUUCCAUCUGGUAGAGCUUUAUGAGGUUCUCCAAAUUUCUACACAGAAUUUUGACAUUUUGACCAGAACAAUGUUUAUGCUAAUUUAUGCGAAAUUAAUUUAUGCAUAUUUGUAAAAAUUCAAAUAAAAUGCUUCUUCUUCUUUAUUUUUUGACCGAUUUUGAUUUUUUUUCUUCCAUCUUGUAGAGAUUCAUGAGGUUCACCGAACUUCUACACAGAAUUUUUAAAUUUGGAGUAGAAAAUUAGUUAUGCUAAUUUAUGCAAAAUUCAUAAAUCACAGAAAAUGCCUCUUCUUUAUUUGUUGACUGAAUUUCAAAAUGCUUCUUCUUCAUCAUUUCAAGUCUGAUUUCAAUUCUGUUUGCUUUAUAUGAUAGCAUUAGGUGGGGGAUUCAAAACUUCUACACAGAAUUUUGAAACUCAUAAAAUAUGCUAAUUUAUGCGUAUUUUUAAAAUUCAGAUAAAAUGCUUAUAAAUAAUUUAUUGGUUGGAUUGCUUAACUAAGCUAGUCGUACAGACUGUUUCACCCUAAGGUUCAUCAGCGACUGAUUAGUAUGAAGAACACAAUUUUGGGACAGAAUAAAGUAUACAGAGCAUGUGCAUUAGGGUAUAACAUUGGGUUGACAGAGAUGAAAGGGGUUACUGAAGGGGUACAUGUGUAUUGUUUAUAAUAUAAAAUGCAUAUAUAUUUAUUGACUGUUUUUUAUUUUUUUUGUUCCAUCUUGUAGAGCUCCAUGAGGUUCACCAAAAUUGUACACAAAAUUUUGAAAUUUUGUCUAGAAAAUUAUUCAUGCUAAUUUAUGCAAAAUUUAUUCAUAAAUCACAAAAAAUGUUUUUUCUCCUUCAUUUGUUGAUCAAUUUCAAUUUUGUUUGCUUUAUAUGAUAGCUCUAGGUGGUGAUACUAAAUUUCAAUUUGGUAGAGCUUUAUGAGGUUCUCCAAAUUUCUACACAGAAUUUUGAAAUAUUGACCAGAACAAUGUUUAUGCUAAUUUAUGCGAAAUUAAUUUAUGCAUAUUUGUAAAAAUUCAAAUAAAAUGCUUCUUCUUCUUUAUUUUUUGACCGAUUUUGAUUUUUUUUCUUCCAUCUUGUAGAGCUCCAUGAGGUUCACCAAAAGAGUACACAAAAUUUUGAAAUUUUGUCUAGAAAAUUAUUCAUGCUAAUUUAUGCAAAAUUUAUUCAUAAAUCACAAAAAAUGUUUUUUCUCCUUCAUUUGUUGAUCAAUUUCAAUUUUGUUUGCUUUAUAUGAUAGCUCUAGGUGGUGAUACUAAAUUUCAACACAGAAUUUUGAAACUCAUUAAAUAUGCUAAUUUAUUCAUAUAUUUUCAAAACUCACAAAAAAUACUUAUAUAAUUAUUGACUGUUUUUUAUUUUUUUUGUUCCAUCUGAGAGCUACAUGAGGUUCACCAAGGUUCUACACAGAGUUUAGACAUUUUGACUGGAAUAUCAUUUAUGCUUAAUUUAUAUGAAAUUUAUUCA